AAUGCCCAGUGUUUAGAGCGUCCUCUUCUGCAGAUCGUCUCAUCGGUGCCAUGCGGUUCAGAUUCUGUGGAGAUUUGGAUUGCCCGGACUGGGUUCUUGCAGAAAUGAGCACACUGGCUAAACUGUCUAGUGUCAAGAUGAAACUACUUUGUGCACAAGUCUUAAAAGAAUUACUUGGAGACGGCAUUGAUUAUGAUAAAGUCACAAAAUUUACAGCAGAUGCAAAGUUUGAAAGUGGAGACAUUAAGGCCAGUGUGGCAGUGCUCAGCUUCAUCCUCUCCAACGCAGCGAAGCACGAUGUUGACUGUGAGUCUCUGUCUAGUGAACUGCAGCAGCUCGGUUUACCUAAAGAGCACACAACAGGCCUGUGCAAGUCAUAUGAAGACAAACACUCAGCCCUGCGGGAGAAACUGAAAGAGAUGAGCCUGAGAUUGGGACGUCUUGAAUCUGUGUCGUGGCGUGUUGACUACACUUUAAGCUCCAGUGAAGUAAAGGAUGUGAAUGAACCCAGUGUUCAGCUCAAAUUGCAGGUGAAAGGAACAGAGUCAGGAGCCUCUGAGACCACAGUGGUGUCAGUGUCUGCUGACAAGUUCAGAGUCCUGCUUUGUGAGCUUAAACAGGCUCAGAGUCUGAUGAACUCUCUGCAGUGAAGGAUGAAAAAAGCUGACCUUAAGUAUGUCCAGAGGCCAUAGUACUUCGUACUGUACUAUUCAUGUGUGUUAAUGUAAAUAAUUAUGCUGUAACACUGUUUUUGC